GUACCGAGGUUGAGGCGGGCGGUUGGAACCGGCGGGCUCACUUCUUUCACUGGUCCCGCCGGCUAUGACGAUCACCUACAGCUGCGUUGCUAAUGGCCGAGCGGUCCUAGCGGAGCUGGCUUUGGCCGGCGGCUCCUACCAGGAAGCAGCAGCAAAAGUGCUUAGCCUAGUACUUCGUAGAGCCAGACCAAUGACGAUACAGCAAAUGGGAAGCUAUGUCUACCACACUCUCCUUAUUGAUGGAAUCACUUACUUAUGUGCUACAGACAAUGCUUCAGAUAUGGGGUCGCCGUCUGCAUUUCUUAGAGAAGUUAGUGAUACUUUUACAAGAAAUCCUUUGAUGUCACAAGAGCAUUUUUCUCCUUCAAAUGCAGUUGCUGCAGACUUUCAACAAGUAUUAGGACAGUAUAUGAUGAAAUACAAUAAUAAUCAAGUUGACAGCAUGAUUUCCAUAAGGAGUCAAGUGAAUGAUAUAAAAAAUGAUCUGAUCCAAAAUACUGAUAUAAUUUUGGAAAAAGAAGACAGAUUAAAUGCUUUUCUUGAUGAAACAAAUGAUCUCUCAACAACUGUCAAAGAAUUCCAAAAAACAACAGACAUCCCUAGGAGGAUACGGUGGGAAUACUUCACGAAGAUCAUAAUUAUCACAAUGACAAUUCUCCUUUCAAUUAUGAUCAUUCUUUUAAGUACAAAUGUAAUACCACCCUGACCCCCUCCCA